GGAUGUAGGAAACAGAAACAACAAAGAAAUCUUGUGCGAUAUUCUUUCCUUCAGAAAGAUUUGCUGAAGGAAAGAAUCGAUUGUUAAAUUUAAAGAAGCCCAAAGUCCACAAGAUAAAAAGUGUUAUGAUAAAGAGCCGUAUCAGUAAAAACAGGAAUGGAUAAUUCUCAUCAAGAUUUAGCAAAUUCUGAGGUACAUGAGAUCGCAGAUAAGGGUGGUCCAUCUUCACAACAUGUCAGUACGGGAACAGGUCAGAAAAAUACCAAACUUGACAAGAAAAAAGCAACAAUGAAAAGGAAGGCUACUUCACUCAAAGGUGAGAAGAGAAAAAAGAAGAAAAAGAUCCAACGAGUUCAGAGACCUAAUUACACUGUACAGCAUGCUGAGGAUAUGCUUCUGAUAAUAUCAAACGUUAGCCAGUUUGAUAGUGUUUGGAAACCUAAGCGGAAAGGUUGCAAGAGGAAAAAGGCCAAAAGAAAGACCACAUCAGUAAGGAGGAAAAAAGAACCUACAAAAUCCAGAGUCACUAAAGUCACUGAAGAGGUUUUAGGUAAUGAUGCUGAUUUGGAGGAAUCAGACACUGCACAGGGCCUUGACUGGGGUCAGAGAAUGCCAGUAGAAGUGUUAGUUAAGAUUUUUGAACUGGUAGUGCUUCAAGAUGGUGCUAUACCAUUUCUCUGCAGGGUUGGUCGAGUUUGUCGACUGUGGAAUCGCGCUGCUUCUUUACCCGCUCUUUGGUCCAGUGUGUCCAUUGGCUACUGCUGGAUUGAACCUGGUAAGAGUCAGUUACCUGGAACUGCACAGAAGAUUAAGAACACUGUAGACUGGCUAACACAGAACAGGUUCUCACAACUGAGGAAUUUCAAGCUCUGUCACUGGAAAAAGCAUGUUGAUUAUGUUGUUCAGGCAAUAUCAAAUGCCUGCUCAAAUCUCCAGUCCCUAGAGUUGUCAUUCUGCAUGGGUGUGACAAAAGAUGCCUUUCAAAAUCUUGGAGGUGCUUUUCAGUCUCUUGAGAGCAUAAAUGUGCAACACACAGAGUUUCAGGAUGAUGGUCUGCUGUCUUUUCUCGAGGCAUCAGGGAGUCAACUAAGAAAGAUUUCCUUUACACGCAGCUCAAAAAGUGACAAACUUCUCAGUGCGUUGUGUAGAGGUUGCUGUCCUGAUCUCAGGUUUCUGGAGAUCAAUACUAAGUUAGACUGUGGAUAUUGCCCCCUUCCCAUCUGUGUACCAGCUUUACAAUUUGGCUGUCCCAAGCUACAGACUUUUAGGUUAAUGAAUAUUAACCCUGUUCCCAAAAUGAUGCGCAAUACACCCAGUUCCACACUUGGCUUCCCCAUGCUGGAGGAGCUGUGUAUAGCCUCUUCAUCUCAUUCAUUUAUGAAUGACCAGGACCUGCUCAAUAUUCUGCAUGGCUCCCCCAACCUGCGUGUACUGGACCUGCGGGGAUGCUCUCGCAUCACAGCUGCUGGGCUAUAUGCUCUGCCUUGUGAAGGUCUGGAAUGUUUAUACUGGGGGCUGUAUUUCAAUAGCAAGGUCAUGGUUGCAUCAAACAAAGGCAUUCACAUGCUGACACAGAAAUGGAGCCAUAGUAUUCGAGAGCUGGAUCUCACCAACCAGCCUUUCUCAGAAGAGGACAUGGAGAUUGCAAUGGGACAUCUGGCUCAUGGAACUGGAGCAGAUUCCUUUCAUUCUCUGAAUCUCAGUGGGACCAAGAUCACAUCGUAUGCAGUCAGGUUACUAGUGGGUCAAUCUACAGCUCUUAGCUACUUGAAUCUAUCAUCCUGCCGUUACCUUCCAAGAGGACUCAAACGAAUAUAUCGUGGGCAAGAAGAUGUACAGCAGCUCCUGGACAAGUUAGAUUAAUGUAAUGUGGUGUUUUGUUUAUGCUUUUGGGAUGUAUUUGUAGAUACGUCAAAAUGCGUGUUCAAAAGUGACUACAUAAAAGCAUGAUUCUGUAAAUAAAUUAUGAUCGAUAAA